AUGGGCCAACUCAAUAUCGGGUCUAUGACAGGAAGAGGAAGAGAGUUGGCUGAGUUAAUGAGAAUAAAGCGAGUGGAUAUUUUGUGUGUGCAGGAAACUCUAUGGAAGGGUAAUAGAGCCAAAGAACUGGGGGAUGGCUACGAGCUAAUCUAUAGUGGAGCAAAUGAGCAGGGUAGGAACGGCGUUGGUGUAGUGCUGUCGGGGGAAAUGAAGAAUGCAGUGACAGAAGUGAAUAGAAAGAAUGACUGCAUUAUGCGUGUGAAGAUAUGUUAUGGAUGGAGGGGAACAAUGAACAUCAUUAGUGCUUAUGCUCCACAAGUGGGCUGUGCAGAGGAAGAAAUGAGCAGUUUUCGGAACGAAAUGAAUGAGGUAACACAAGAACUGGAAAAGCCGGAGAGGAUUGAAGUGGUGACAGAAUUUAAUGGACAUGUCGGAAAUGAAAAUGAUGUAAUUGAACGUGUACAUGGAGGAUAUGGGAUCGGGGAGAGAAACCCAGAAGGAGAGAGUCUAGUAGACUUUGCCAUGUCUUUUAAUAUGGCAAUAGUGUGUACGUUCUUCAAAAAGAAGAGGGAGCACUUGAUAACAUACAGGAAUGGCAGUAGAUGCACACAAAUAGAUUACCUCCAUCACAAUAGAUCAAGACUGGUGGAAGUUAGGAAUUGUAAAGGUAUCCUAGGUGACCACGUGCCCCCCCCCCCCAACAUAGGCUCCUUUGUAUGGAUUUGA